AUGGAUGUGCCAGGCGAGCAGCACGUGAAAGUAUGUAUAGAUGAGUUAAGCGCUGUGGCGACUGCGUGGUUGGCCCAGAAUCCCAAGCAAUUGGAGCUUAAUGCAGCUCUCAAAGACUUCCAGGGCCUUUAUGAGUUGGCGCCCCAGAAUCCUGGCAACUUAGCGACAGAUGGGCGCAGGCGGUUCGCACGCCUGCAGCCCCUUGCGAGCUUUGUUGCGAGCCUGAAAGGAUUUCUGCAUGAUACAUUGAUACCGACUGCAAAGUCUUGCGUGCGUAAAGUGUCUCGGGUGGUCUCGCCUUAUUUUGGAGGUGUGCCGCUGCACGAUCAUAGCGACUCGCUGCCUAGUGUGGUGAAUGAAUCAUUAACAUUCGCAAUUCUCAACCCUGGAAGAAUUGGGCUCUCCACAGUUGCCGGUGAAGACAUUUUGUGGUGGCGUUUGUUUCAUAUUUGUUCUGUGUUGGUAGAGCGAAAUAUCCAGAUUUGUGUUUUGCCGGGGGCGAGAUGGCCACCUGGUAGCACACUGCCACCUGGAAUUCCCUUCAAGUGGCUGGGCGUGCAAACGUCUUCCUGGGGAGCAGUUGGGGUCCUGGUGGCUACUGAGUUGGACACGGAAGUCUCAUGUAUUGAACAGUUGGGGUCCUCAGUGAUUUUGUGGUUACUAGUCCGCGGUAGUGACCGCACACAGGGGCCAGCUGUCAUUCUGGGAGCGAUCUACCCCAAGCCAGGAGGCGACCUGGAAACAUGGCAGCAGAUCUUGGAUGAAUACCAGCAUCUAAAGACGUGCUACCCAGGAACUCGUAUCUUGAUCGCAGGGGAUGCCAACAUACACCUAGAGACGGUGGUCUCUCACCAGGCAGAGUGUCGUUGUGUACACUGCCGCCAGAGCUCCGUGGACAGAGAAAUUGAAAGACGAAUUGUUGCCGCGGGCCUCGUCUGUUACAACCCGCCUAAACCCACGCAUGUAAGCGGCACAACUAUUGAUCUGGUGCUCGGGGCAGGUGAUGCGAAUGUCCCGGUCGAAGUUAUCGAGGAAUCUGUGGGUUUGUCUGAUCAUUUUUUGGUUAUUGCCAGGUGCCCUGCAAGGCUCCAGGCUUCGUUUCCUACAUCUGUGGGCCGAGUCAUGUGGGCACUGUCGUCCGAGUGGGAUACCGUUUGUGAAGAUGCUAGCUCGGCUUUUGCUUUGGCUGUCUGCGUCAUAUCUGAAGCCCAGAAUGAGAUUGAUGAGUUUGGCCAUAACAUGCCGAUCAAACGCAAGCGUGCCGUUUUGGAUGCGGGAGCUUGGAUUCGCGAAGUUUUCAUUUGUAUCCUUGGCCAUUGCGCAGGCUUAGUGUACGCCAGGAAAGGAGCCCAGAAAGAGCAACCUUGGACGGCAAGUUUCCCACAGGUUCAAAAUUUCGCUUCUUACGAUGAUUAUAAGCAUGCUGUUGCUGAAUUUGAUGCAGCCACGAAACGAAGAUGUGUCAACAAGUUCUUGUCACUGCUGGCGUCCAACCCCAAUGAAAGCAAGAGGUUCCUUUCUUCCUGGUUUAAGAAGCCCAACGAUUUUCAUAUCCAUCUUACAGAUGAAGACUCCGACCAGUUGCUCAGUACACAGGAGGCUUUGUUGGAAAUACAGCAGGAUUUGAUCGAUAGAGCAGACAACGAUUUCCCACAGGAUCCUGGGUCGGCACAGGCGCUACGCGACACCGUGGUUGCCAUUCGCCGGUUUGGUGCACCCGCCCGGGGCAUUCCCGGCAUCAUGGUUGUCCCGACAGUCAACACUGGCACAAACACUGCACUGUAUAGUUGGUCUGAGUUUGAAGCUGUUUUGGCCAACAUCAAAGUCAAGAAGCAAAGCGCAUAUGGACCAUUGGCAGCAGUGAAAGCUGCUGCUCCCGCCGCUCGUAAGCGCUUCGCUGUACAUGUUUUCACUGCACUCAUGAAUCUUCUUCGCGAAGUGUUGACGUCGUUUUGCGUCCCUGCCAUGACUAUCCUGCCCCCAUAUGCAGCAGAAGCAGUGUCGGGCCUUUGGACGGGCCUCACGCCAGUCCCCGAGAUCUGCAGAUUGAGCCCUUGCUAUUCUGCGCCUCAAAUUGUUUUGAGAUUGCGCUCGCUCCGUGAUGAGGGUGUUGACCUCGCGUUCUGCAGAAGAGUAGCCAUUCAUGAUAUUGCUCGCCUUCGUGAUGUCAGUGAGCGCCAGCAUGUGGUGGAGCUCCUUGGUCACUCCCCACUGGGGGCCCUACUGUUUGUGGAUGAUGUGGUUGCUUCUUUUGCGUCUGAAGUCACUGUCUGCCAUGCCGCUACGGAGGGUUUGCAGGCCUACGCUACUGCUGUUAAAGCUGAGUUCAAUAUGGGGCCUACGAAGACUGCUAUCAUGCCGUGCUUCAGUGCCCCAGAUGUGCCGCUUCGCAGCAUUAUGUGUGAGAACUACAAGCUGUUAGGGGUCCAAUUGGAGAGAGAUUUUUCCUUCAAAGCCAGGGCCGAUUUCAUAUGUCGCGCCGGGCAGGGCUUGUUCACCGAACUUAAAGGCGUGGCAGGCCAAGCAGGCUUUCCGCCGCCAGUACUCUCCAUUGCUGUCAUCGAGCGCAUCGAGCCGGUGAUGUUAUAUGCCGCUGAACUGUUACCUCUUGUGCCGGACAUCUACGGGAAACUUAACACACUGCAAGCGUCUUGGGCUAAAUCCAUCCUGGCAGAUAAGGCUGGUGCGGCUAUUAGGGGUGUCUUGGCAGUGGCAACGGUGGGAUGGAGCCUCCGGCUUGCGUCAAAGGCAAAGAUCCGCGCUCUUGUCUAUCUGGCCAAAAUCCACCUGCUGCCUCUUGAGCAUCCCGUUGCUCGUAUGACAGCCCUUGCCCAGACGUUGGUGUCUGGCACAUGGCUGCAUGCGGUGCAGGAUCUCCGAAGACAACAUGGGGACUUGCCGCUAUUGCAAGAUUCUGGAGUUUGCAAUCAGGAAGAAGUGCUUGCAGCCAGAAUGGACAAAUCGAUCCGGAAGAGUAUUUUGGCAGCUUACAAAAAGCAUGUGGUGGCACCCUUUUUCAUUGGUUUGGACAACAAAGAGUUCCAAACAGCCGCCGCUAAGGACCUUCCAAGCCUGGGGGUCUGCUAUUCUGAUUUGUGUCCCCUGCGGCUUGAUCAGGGUUGGGCUGGGCUGCUUCGCGCGGCUCCGUUUAGUUUGUGGGGUGCUGUCCAACUGUGGGCCUUCGUUCGCCUCACGGGCUUGUGGCCGCUACAGCUGGUUGCAGGAUCGCAGGACCUGCAAAAUAUUGUAGCCUUCCCUAGGUGCCCCCUGUGCCAAGCGGAGGAUGCCACCGUAACGCACUGUUUGAAGUACUGCCCUGCCACCCGGCCACACUUGGAAGAAAGUGGUCUGACGGAGUGCCUGCCUGUUGGCUGCUCUGACUAUGAGUUCGUCAUGCUGCUUUUCCACUCCAGCACUAACACUGAGGUUGACGUCCUCAGGGUGCGCUUUGUAGGCUUUGUGGUAAGGCAUACAAUACUGUGCUACCUGGAGAGCCUGUGA